AUGGGGCAAGCUAUGGAGCCAGAAGCUAUGGAGGCUAUGCCGCCUUCCCGCCACCUGCAGGCUGUGGAGGUUGCGGUGGUGGCAGUUGCGGAGGCCAAGCCACCACUCCUGGCAGUGCCUAUGGGGGUGGUAACUGUGGUGCUUAUGGUGGUGUUGGUGGCUGCAGCUUUGGUGGCUUCGAAAAUUUCGGAACCUACGGUGAAGCUGCAGGCUGCGGAGCUUGUGGAGCCUGUGGAGGAGCAUACGGAGCUCCAGGCGCAUAUGGUGGCUAUGGUGCUGUUCCUCGUGUCAGCCAGGAUGCAACAGCAGCCACAGGCUACAGCCCAUACUGAGUUGAGACGUGUCCGCUGA